AUGGGUGACCAUCCAUCCACUAUGGCUGAGCCUCAUCAUACGCCUGAUCCCGAUACAGCACAUGGCCCAAUUGCGACAGUCCAGGCCAUCUCUUCCCCAGCAGGCAGUGACGACUGUUCAUGGAUACUACCAUUCCAUGGAACUUGUCCACGAUGUCACCAUUAUCACAAAGCUGUUCAAGUGAAGAUCAAAAUCACUCAAGAUCCAAAUCAAGCCAGUUACAUUCAUUGUGAUAAUUGCAAAGAUCCGUGGGCGGCAUUCAGUGCCCGGAAUUCGACCCAGAUAUCCCUUUUGUCUACUGCCACAACCGAACCGGAUUCUAUUGAAAACGAGGUCCGCCAUAAGCUGAUCGAUAUUGUUAAAAUCGCGACCGCGAAAGCGGCUCUCGGAUCACUGGACAGUUCCAUGGCCGCGGUACCUUUACAUCAGCCGUCUGUCAGUGCAUCUGAGAAGGAUGUUCCCUCUAAACUUUCUAGGUCUAACGACAAUGGGAAAGUAUCAGAACCAGCUCGGCAGCGUCAGUCUUACAAGCCCAUAACUCCUAUUUCCGAUAGCCCCUUGGCCCCUUCUGAGCAACGCAGUACCCUGUCUCGCCUCGUCUCAAAGGUCAAAACGAAGAUCGCAGCUCGCAUUCCUAGGCUAUACCGGGGCCACGCCGUGCGUUCUUCCGAAAUUACAAAGCCACCCAAGAUGUCUGCGAUUAAACUUGACCAGCCCGAUGUUCGGAGCCCACUGCAUGUAACGAUCGAGACUGUUCCGACAACGUCUUUAUUUGAGAUGUCGCAGAUACAAGAUAGUCAAGGCCAUCAGGAUACCCCAGCACUAAUGCCGUCUACGGCUACCAACGCAAAACCUGCCAAGUUAUCCGAAGUCGCUACUUUUAUAGCAAGCCUGGAUGCAUCAGUUCUUGAAUCUAUGACUGAGGAUGAACGUAAGAGGUGGAUGCGCAAGGCUUACACGGACUUCAAGGCUCGCAAUAGGAGGUCAAUAGGAUUGCUAGGGCUCUCUCCUAUUGUAGAGAACGCUAUCCCAGGCGAAUUACCUCCACUUGUGGCACGUAGCAACCGACGUUCCGAUGAAGUACGUUAUGCUGGAGACCACUUAGAAGGUUAUGAGCACAUCCAACGGAGAUUCUCUACAUCAAGCGACCUAAAUUCCGACGCCCGAUCAUUUUCUGACGACGGUACUUACUUCAACACUAUCGUUACAGCUCCCGGUAACCCUACCCAGUGGCAUCUGCAUCAAUUGCGACAUGGAAACAACACGCAGCGGCCACAGUCCAUGCCCAGUACACCUACAUCAAGCCGGACUCAUAGACGAGGGCGUGACUCUCUCGACUCGCGCAUAUUCAGGGCAGCUGAUAGUACCUUGUCUCUGCAUGGUCAAGCUGCAUCUCUCCGAUCCCAAGGCUCGAUAACACUCAACGGUUCAAGCCUUAGUGUAUAUCAAACGUUGUCGGAGUCCACUGUGCGUCCUUCUCAGAGCCAAGAAAGUCUAGAUCUGCUACCACCACCACCAAACACUGUACGGGACCAGUCAGAAUCGCCGAUACCAUCUCCGUCGCCUCUACGCCAAAGUUCAGACUCGUGA